UAGAACUUUUAGAUGUGAUCCACUUUCCCACAUAGAUGGUGGCAAAUCACAACAACUACUAUAUAUAACCAUCAACCAAACUCCUUCUUUCCCCUCUUUUCAAUUCACCAUGCCAACAACCACACUAAGAACAAGUAGAAGAAACAACCUCAAACGCCUCAACUCUCUAUGUUUCUCAACUUUCAUACAACCUCAAUCUCCUCCUACAAAAUCACUUCUCCAACAAAAACAACACCAAAUUGAUCCCAACCGUCCAUCACUCUCCACAGCCACCGCCACCGCCACGUCAUCAAUCAUGAUUAAAAACUUCAACACUCUCUACCACCACCACCACCACCACACCACCUCCUCCGAACCAAACUCCGAACCCGAACCCCAACCCCAACCCGCCGACUUCGCCACCGCAUUCGCCUCCAACCGUUUCUUUUUCUCCUCCCCCGGCCGCUCCAACUCCAUCAUCGAAUCCACCUCCUCUUCCUCCUCCUCCUCUUCAUUAAUCACCACCGCUCCGUCCGACAAAAAGAAACCGAUUUUCAACGGAAGCGUCGCCGUGCCAACAUACUCGCCGGAUCCUUACAUGGACUUCCGACGGUCGAUGCAAGAGAUGGUGGAAGCGCGACCGGAGUUGAUGAACGACGUGAAAUCAAAUUGGGAUACAUUACACGAGCUUCUUCUUAGUUAUCUUGCGCUUAACCCGAAGAAUACACACAAAUUCAUUCUCGGUGCUUUCUCUGAUCUUAUCGUUACUCUCAUGUCAUUCUCUUCUUCAAAUUCUUCCAAUAUUUCCUCAUGUUCAUAUCCACCACCGCCGCAGAUUCUCAACAACGGCGGUGCCCGUGGCGGUGGUUGUUAAUUAGUUGUAAAUUUUCAAUUUAGAUAUAGUUUUUAAUUAAUAAGAAGGUGCAUGUGCAUGUGUAACUUGAUAAUGUAACGUGUGUGACAGAUAAUAAAUGUCUCACUUAAUUUGAUUAA